CAAACUAUCCACCCACAUUCGUGAUUAGCACAAGGAAUCAAUCAUGCGACCAUAUUGGCUGAUAAGACRCSCAUCAUAGAUGCCGCAGACUUCUAGCUCGUUAUAUGGUUUUUAAACUACGAUAAGAAGCUUAUGUUAAACGCUUAAAACUUACGCAGCGUUUGACCUAGCGUGUUUUAAAUCCAAAGAGGACUUUUGCUGUGACAAGACAUGUCAAGCUGUUCAUGGUCCAUACAUGCAUACAGCCACUUGACGAAGUAAGUACCUAACCUAGAUUCGCGAUGAUAGGUUGGUAAAGUCAUUUAUACUCUACAAGUAACACUACAUAAGCUCUUUUCUCAAGUUAACUCAGAGGACAUCACUAUGAAUAACACGACAUUGAACACAGAAGGCCAUUCGAUAAGCUUCAGGAAUUAUAUCAAUUCUGCCAUCUAUAUUGCUGUCUUUCUCUUCGGUUCCACUGGAAACAUAUUCGUACUGUUGAUUGUUAAAAGAAAACGUAUUCGUCGCUUCAACGAUGUAUUUAUCGUCAAUCUCGCAGUGGCAGAUUUAUGUAUGAUUCUCUUCUUCAUUCCUCCUUACACGUACAAAGAACUGAGUGAUUUUAGAGGUUCCAAAUUCUUCUGCAAAAGUGUUUGGUCUUUAAUAACGGUUUCGUUUUGUUGUAGUAUAUUCACGAUAACUACAAUGGCUGUGUACAGAUGUAGAGUUAUCGUGCACCCAUUUGAACCUCCUAUACGCAAACGACAGCUCAUUCCUUUAAUUACCGGGAUUUGGCUGUCGUCCAUUAUCCUCGCCUUCCCAUUGAUGCUUCUCGGAACGUACGAAGCUGGCAAUGCAAACUGUAGUGAAAAUUGGCCGUCUGAGACACAUCAGCGGGUUUAUACUUCAAUAUUAAUGGUCCUACAGUAUUUUCUACCAUUGCUUAUCAUUGCAAUAGCUUAUGUCCUUAUUGCAAUCGACUUGACGCGCUCAAAAGCCCAACCAACGGGCGAUAAUACUCAUAUUAUGGGACAAGCAAGGCGAGAGGAAAACAUUCGUGUAAUUAAGGUCCUAGCAACCAUCAUUCUUGCAUUUGCUAUCUGUAUGCUACCGGGACACAUAGCUUGGAUGCUUUUACACUUUGGCGGGAAAAGAGAAAAAGCGGCGGCUGGCUAUAUAUUUUAUUUUUCUGAUCAUCUGGCGAUUAUACAUACUUGCUUAAACCCGAUCAUAUAUGGCACGCUAACAAAGCGGUUUCGUCAAGGCUACGUCAAGUAUUUAUCUUAUAUUUUCUGCUGUAGUUAUUACAAUCGCAAGAAGAGUCAUUCCGUGCGGAGAAACGGCGCGACAUCGGAAAUGCGAACCUUUGGGUCGCUAAAAGAUGAAGGAGAAGACGAUGAAAAGUAAAUCCAUUUGAGAUCUACAGAGGAUUAAUUAUAUUCCUCUUUUUCGGGGUGUUUUGUUGACAUUUCAUGUUAGUUCUCAGCUGUUUGCUAGAAGUCGCCAUUUUCAAAAUAAGACAUCACUCUAACACAAUAAAACGGGCCCUUUCAGCCUUAGCAAAGCGUAAAUAACAUUAAGGAUAGCCGGCGGGUAAUACUUCCAUGAAAUUACAACCAAAAUAGCGAUUGUACCUUACAUCAGUCAGAUUGUGACUGCAUUUGGAAAUAUUGAAACGAUUAUUUGACUGUCAGAACCGUCACGGAAUUCUACCCGCUCAGCAAACUUCCUUACUAAAGAGAAUUUUUAAUCCUCUUUGUGAUAUCGACAGUCGAUUUUUGUUUGGAGAUCGAAAAACACGUAAUUAUUGACCAUGGGAUUCAGAGGGUCUAUUUUCAAAGAUACUGAGAAAUUGAUGACAAAUGAAAGGGGAAAUCGGUUCAUGGAAAAUACAUAAUGAUUACAAUCGAGGCUGAAAAGAGUUUAUAAGACACAAAAUUGACAGAAAAUCCUGUCACUUGAUGUGAAAUAAACAAAUAAACGUAAAGGAAGAAUACUA